AAACACUGAUCGCAAAUAUUCAGAAUAUGCAUAUUGAGUCCUUCAAAAAAUUAAACAUAAACUAUGUGGCAACUUUGUAUAUUACUCAAGUGUUUACAUUUGUACCUACUAGCUAGUGACAAUACCACCUGACUACUGUCACGUUACUCUGAUUAAUAAAAGUCACCAUUUCAUGUUACUGUACAAAAAUUAAUAAUUACACCCAAUACUUAAUAGGGCUUACAAUUUAACGUUAUCUUCUUUCUCUUGCGCACAAAAACUCGUGCAAACACACCUCUACUCUGUUCAUAAAAUUUAUAUUUUGCUCGUGCAUUUAGUCUUCCUCUCUCAUUCUCUGUGUGUGUGUGUUGCUCUCUUACACUCUCUUUAGUUGUAAUUAUUUAAACAGGUGAAGUAAGUUGUUUUUGUUGUUGUUGACCAAAUGGAUCAGUGCGAAAUGUUGAAGAUAGUAGAAAAAAUGUAUACGUUUUUGCACUCUAAUGAAAAUUGUCCUCAAAAAGAUAUUUUGUAAGUCAGUCCGUAUGUCAGUCAUUCUCAGAUGCAGUCACAGUCACGCUUUUAUUUAUUAUAUUGUAAAGAAUCUUUUAACAUUGUAAGAAACAAACUCUGGCCCGAGUAUUGGUUUGUUUUUUUUUAUUUCUGUAUCGUGGAUCGGGUUUAUACACAAUUUCUGUUACGCUCUUAAAGGAGAGCGAGCGGAUUCUUAAUAAAUAAAAAAAGCAAAUAUAUGAUUGCUGAGAUUUUUUUUAAAUGUUCAUAUUUAUUUUAUAAUAUUGUUGUUUGUAGUACUUUCGGUUUUGUUAAAUUUCUUGACGCUUUUUAGAGCUAAACGAGACCUUUAACGUUAAACACAUAGGACGUAUUUGACGUCGUGUUUUUGUUACCAAAAAGAAUUAAAAGAAAAUAAUUAUAAAUUUAUAGAAACAAAUUCAAGCUGUUGAUUUAAAUAAUAAUUGAUAUUAAAUAAAAAAACAAAUAAAUUACUUAUAUUUAAAAAUAACAAUUAUAAAAAAAAACUUAAAUAAAACGCUUUAAAUAAACAAAGCGUUUACACCUUCAAUAAACGUCUGCCAACAUUUUUUCGUAACUCCAGCCAUUAAAAAUGUGUCGCUGUUGUCAAAAUUGCUGGGAAGAUUUCUAUUGGAAUUGUUUUGAAGAAAAAUUUUGUUAUGAUGAAUCAAUUGCCAAUUACAAUCCCGAAGAAGAUGAGCAAUAUCUCGCAACGCAAAAAAAUGGCAAUGUUUUGGGACGCAUACAGCCAGCGGACAAUAACAAUUUGACCGUACCACAAAUAAUUGUUGAUCAACCUUUAAGAAGGGGAAACUCAUCGGCUUUAUUCAGUAAUGGCAAAAUUGAUGAAGAAGUCUAUAGACGUGAAACCCAAACAAAUGUACCCAUGUUGGGACCCGAAAUCCUGGCCGUAUUUGCCAAUUCACAAAUAUUCCAGGAUCAUCAGCCAACAAAAUUGAAUCGCAUUAAUACCAAGAUCAAUUUAGCGGGCAUACACUCACCCAAACGUGAGAUACCAACCACACCGAAGGAAAGCGAUCAGGAUCGUUUGCUGAGACGUUUGGAAGGUAAUAAUGAAUCUACACCAUUUUUAUCAAGAUAUAGUAUGGACAAUGGGCCUGGUAGCCCGGACACAGAUUCUACAAAGACCAUUAGUGAGGCCAGUAAAGUUACUUCACCCGAAAAACGUAUAACCUUUACCCUAAGCACUGAUUCUUCGCCCGAAGGUAGUCAAACAUUAUCACCGAAAAAAUUCGAUUCUAUAGCCGAAGAGGAAACCGUUAUACCCGAGGGUGAAGUAGAUGAAGUUAUAUUGAGACCACGUUUAAUCGACAGACAUCCACAUCUAUUGCCUAGUGCAGCUUUGGGUACAACACCACGAAAAAUAUUGCGUAGUGCCAAGAGUGUGCCUCACUUUAACGUACGUGCGGCAGCUAGUAAAACUGAUAUCUUUUCGAUAACCGGUUCGGGCAAUACCAUUAGUAUGACCCCAGAAGUACCAUCUAUUUCAUUCAGUAAUUUACCUAAAAAUUACGAAGAUACCCCCACCAUAGAGAAGUAUAGAGUUUCACAGAGUUUGUACUCCAUACAGACGGCAAAUGAGGCUAAACUUAAUUCGGUGGAUUAUUCGAUGCCUCGUUAUUUCCGUAAAUCAGCUAUGAUAUCACAAAGUACCGAAAUUUUGGCUAGUGGUAAUGUUACACCUUCCACUACAUCGUCUCGCGAGGAUGUGCGAAGACCUGAGAAAGAGAAGAGUAAACGUUUGCAAAUGUUAAGGGGUGCUUUGCCACCACUUUUAAUACACUCCGUUUCAUUCCGCAAAACUCGAGAUGAGAGUAAACAAGUGGAUUAAAGACAAUUUUCUUUUGGUAUUAUUUAUUUAUGCUAAUCACUGUACAUUUUUUUUGUUUGGCCAAUAACAGUAUAUUGUUUAUUUUUUUUUUUUUUUUUUGUUUUAAAAUGUAAAUACAUUUUGUUAAAUUUAUAUAUUUAUCCAUGAUAUUAAGUAAAUUAUGUACUUAUGCUUUCUUUUUUACAUUUUUAUUAAUAGUUUUAAAAUUAUAAAUGUAUUUCUGAGAAACAAAACCCAGUAUUUAAAUAAAACCCUUGUAUAUUAUAUAUUGUUAAUGUGAAUUAA